CUCUGCGGUCAAGGUUGUACUGAACGACCUCACCAUCCGCUCUAUUCUGUUUUAUUUCAUUUUUCUUAAUUAGUUAUUUUUUCUUUAUCUUAUACUAUUAAGCUUCAUUUUAUUUUAGUACAUUUUUCUUAUUCCUCACCCUCACUUUUUUUUGGGUGGUUGCACUGUCUUCAAAAAUGACAACAUUUUACAUGAGCCACCUUUAUUUUACACACUGGCAGAAUCCUAAUAUGAGCUUGAUCAUAGUAAUGUAUCAUUUGUAUGGCAGUGUAUUUUAUUCUCUAAUUAAGCCCACUUUAUUCAGAUGCAACUUAUUCAACAUUAUGUUUAAGGGCUGUAACUAAUGAUUAUUUGGUAACACUUAAUUAUGACAACCUUUAUUUAUCAUUUAUAAGCAGAAAAUGAACAGAUAUAACAUGCUAUAAUGUAGACAUAAGCAGACAUUUUUUAUUUAUUUAUACAUUUAUUUGUCAACAACUAUAACCCAUCAUGCAAAACAUUCAUAACAGGUGUAUAAAGUGAUAAUGAAUGCUUGAUAAGGUCACAUAACAUAGUUGUAAUCAUAUAUAAUGAGAUGUUUUCAUUUAUAACAAACCACCUGAAUUGUACCUGAAAGUAAAUGUGAAAUAAAAUAAAUGCGUUGUGUAUGUAAUCUAAUGUCAUUUUAUUACAGUUGUAUACAGUAUUAUCUAGUAUUCAGGUCAUUCAGCUGUUUAUACCAAAGUUAUGGAUCCUUCAAAGGAGUUGUUAUUGUUGACAAAUAUAUUCAGAAAUACUUAAUAUUUGCUUACAACUACAUUACAGUGUGUUUAAAUUUACUGCUUAAAAAUGCUCAGUAGGGGAGAUUAAAAUAAAGUGUUACCAGUUAUUGUCAUUACUGAUUUAACUGCUGAUUCCUUUUUUCAACCAAUCUAUUAUUCAGUCUAUAAAAUAUUAAAAAAGUGAAAAUGCCCAUCACAGUUUCCCAAAACUCCAGGUGUUCAACAGUCUCAAAACCCAAAGAUAUUUAAUUUACAAUGAUAUAAAACAGAAAAAAGUUGCAGUUUCUCACAUUUGAGGAGCUGGAACCAGCAAAAUGUUUGACGCUGUAGCUUGAUAAAUGACCUGAAAUGAUUACUGUGUAUGUGUCGAUUAAUCAAUUAAUUAACUAAUUCUUUCAGCACAUAUCACAGCACAUAUUCAGUGUAUGGUAAGAAUAAUACCAUGUUGUAUGUUUUGUAUAUGUCAUAGUUUGCAUGUCAGUAGUUGUGUAGCAGACUGUUGUGUUUGUUACAUCACACAUGCUUUUGAAACUCCAUACGGCUCCCCUCACCCCUCUUGUUUUGAAUGCAUGUUUGCAUGUUUUGUUUUGUCUGUCGCAGGUAUUCAUUUAACAGUGCCUGUGUUUCCAAACCUCUUUUCCUCUCAGACACCAGCCCUGGUUUGUAGCGAGGCUUUCAGCGUGUUCCUCCACAAGCACUGUCCUGUGGUGGCUGAGACCUUCAGUCCCACUCCGUGGUGCUGGGGAGGCCGGCUUCAAACCCUGGUCUGUGCCCUCAUCAAGUCCAGACCUCCCGUCACUUAUCGCAAUGAGCUCAUACGUACGGUUGACGGUGGUCAGAUUUCUCUGGAUUGGGUGGACAAUCAGGCCAGUACGGCCUACCCAGAAUCCUCUACUCGCCCCACAGUGCUGAUCCUCCCUGGCCUGACGGGGAACAGUCAGCAGACCUAUGUGCUCCAUGCUAUUACCCAGGCCAGCCGCCACGGCUACAGAUGUGUGGUCUUCAACAACAGGGGGUUUGGAGGGGAAGAGUUGCUUACACCUGUCACCUACUGCGCAGCCAGUACCACAGAUCUUGAGCGUGUGGUGCAUCAUGUCAAAGGACUCUACCCACACGCCCCUUUGCUUGGUGCUGGUGUGUCUAUGGGAGGCAUGUUACUAUUAAACUACUUGGCCCGUAAGCGCACAGAGUCAGGGAUGGUGGCGGGUUUUACCAUCUCCGUCCCCUGGGAUGCGCUGAAGUCCACCGUCUCUAUGGAAGAACCGCUCAACUGGCUGCUCUUCAACAAAUACCUCACAAGCGGACUGUGUCGUGCCGUCAGCAGGCAUAGGAAGAUUCUGGAGAAAGUAGUGGAUGUUGAUUAUGUGCUGAAGUCGCGUAAUAUCCGGGAGUUUGACGAACGCUUUACCUCUUUGCUGUUUGGUUAUAAAUCUUGUACGGACUACUACCGCGAUGCCAGCCCAGGAAAAAAACUCCCCAACACAGCGGUACCCAUCUUGUGUCUCAAUGCCGCUGACGACCCUUUCUCCCCGCAGAACGCCUUCCCCUUGACCAUAGUCCAGGGCCUGCCUAACGUCGCUCUUUUGUUGACGGCCCACGGCGGCCACAUAGCCUUCCUGCAGGGUUUGUUUCCACGUGGCGAGAGCUACAUGGAGCGCCUGUUCAGCCAGUUCGUCCACGCAGUGUUUGAACACCCGAAGGACAUCAAGAAAGCUUGUGGCAUCAAGGAGGAGCAGACGAGCUGAUCAUCUUGCACCCUGUCCGUACUGUAAACCCAACUGAAUAACAGACUGCUUGCUAAGAGGAAUUGAGGAAUGAAUUCAUGUUACAGCCGUAGAACAACAAAUCACAAACAAAACCAUCGCUAAGCUUUGCAUGGCAUGACGUUAUCCUAUCACAGAAAUGUUCGCGUCGCCUGCUUGCUUGCACAGAGAAUGACCAACUGUAUUGUACAAUCACAUGACCUCACCGCAGCUCUGUUUAUCUACCUCGUCAUCUCGUCUCAGGUUCUCUUUCAAUGAGCAAUCACGGGAGGUUCGAAAAAGUCGAUAACUGCGAAAUCAAGCUGUGGAGCCGUAUGUCAAGUAUUUUAAAACAUUUGGAUCUAACUGACAAGCUGAUGUGUAAUAUUGUAUCUACAUAAUAUAAUAAGAAGAUGUAUAGUUUUAAAAUGAUUUGUCAGAAAAGUUUGAAUUGCUUUUAAUCAUAUUGUGUUUUCAACACCGUUCUCCAAUCAGUGCCGUCCCAACUGCACAGGACCCCUCCUAUGUGUUGAAAACAAACAAAGCAAAAUCAUUCCUUGUAAGGAAAAUGCUAUUUAAAACUAUUUAAUAUUAAUUUAAUAUAUAAAAAAUAAUAAUAUUGUCUGAUUGAUGUUAGAGUUUCUUUAGGCUUGUGAUGCUUUGGUUUUGCAAGAGUUGUUUUCCUUGAAGUGUAAGACGCCUUAAAGGAUUAUGUUUUAGCCCUGCAUGUGUACUUAACACACAAUUUCUCAAUGAAUACCAUGCACUGAAGUAAUCUGUUCAACUGUUCGAGCUGUCACUCUCAACAUGGUUACACCCGUGUUGCAGAAUAUACACUAAUAUACUCUAAAGAGAUGACCUGUAUAUGAACUGAGUUUACAUCAGUUGGAAUUUUAAGAUUUUUAAGGUUACCACUUGAUUUUUUUUUGUUUUGAAGCAAAAAAGGGAAUCAAUUAAAUGUAAAAAAAAGGAUAUUAUAUUUAUAGCAGUAUGCUUGAUUGUAAUGCAAAUAUGUGUGCUGGCAGGUAAAUAAGCUACUAUCAUGUAAAAUGCAGUAAAGCUCAGUGUGGUACUUGAGGAAUUUUGACCUGCUGUGGGUAAUUUUAAUCGGGUACUUCUGAAUUUGUGUUUGUUGUUAUUUAGCUUUCUGUUUUGUUUGUCAUUGAUGCACAUUGUUGAUGAGGCGAAGCGUAAUCGAAAGAGAAUGAUGAUAAAUGUCUGAUAUGAAGUUUUGUAGUUAUUUUAGGACAUUUGUCCAGUAUUGAAUCACUGAUUGUUUUUUACAAGGACCAGGUCAGUAUAUGUAUCAGUCAUGUGUACUGAAUGUCUUCAACCCAGCCAAGAAUAUGCAGAAGGUUUUAUUAUGUGUGUGCAUCACUGAUAGUGCACUGGCAAUACACACACACACACACACGCACACACCGCUUGAUUGUGCCAAUACCAAGGUGUUAUUUAUUCAUGAUUGUUUUUAGCAAUAGCUGCACUUGUUGAAACUCAGCUUUCAGCUGUGAUCCAAAAAUAUAACCGUUUUAAGAAAUGGUGCUAAUUUUUGGCUUUUAGGUAAUAAGCAUGAAGUGUUUGUAGAAAGGAAAUCACCUAUUUGCUCAUCAACUCUGCAGAUGUGCAUGCCUUUAAUUGCUGUGUAUUUUUUAAUGGACAUUUUUAUUUUCACUUCUGUACAAGCUGUAAUCACAAUCACAGUAUGUAAUAUCAGUUAAGGCUUUUCAUUUAAAGACCUUUUGGGCAUUAUGGACUGUCUAUUUGAUUGUAAGUUUCUGAAUUGCACUUGAAUUAAAGAACAAUGAUACAGA